GUCGCCGAGCAUUUUCAUAGCACACCGCGAUCCCAAGUGCGGGCUCGGAUCCGCCGAGAUGCCAGCGGCUUCCUAAUAGUUAAAUCAUAGAUGGCUUUGAUAAAAUGAGCCCAAUAGUCCGCUCGACUGCGACGCGAACGCCGCUGCUUCGGUUAAAUCACCUCACUCCUUUUUAAUCAGUUACAAAAAAAAAAAAUAAGUUAUGAUCAAAAAAUAAUUAUUCAUUUUUUUUGAAUGUUGUUUUGGUGGGUUUCAUUUUUGUUUCUUUUUUGUUUCGCGAUCGAUCUCUUUUGUUAUUAUUGUGCCUUCGAUCACGUGUGUUUUGUUUUAAAGAUUUUAGUGGUUUUUUUUAUUUUUUUUGAAAUGAUUAUUGCAAUGAAACGAAAUGAAAUGAGUUUGUGACUUAUAAAUCGUGGAUUUUAAGGAAACGUUUUUUUAGAACGAUCCUCAAAUACAAAGAGAAUCACCAACAAGACCCGAAUACAAAAUAAACCGAAUAAAAAAGAAAAAAUUCACAAUCUAACCAUAAAGAUAAAAGACGUCGGGGCGAUUUCGCCGAAUUCGCCAAACGAUUUCCUUCUUCGCUUUCGCGCACCAGAAGCCUGCAACCACGGACGAUCAACAUUUGUUGAACAACCUGAAGGUCGAACAUGAAAACUUAGUGGCCAAGUGGCUGCAAAGUUCGUUUAAGGUCCAGGAAUCAGCAGCAGCCCUGGAUCUCCGCGCGGCCCCCCUCAGCCUCCAAAUACCCAUGGCCGAGGUCAAUAACAGGCCCGUUUUUAAAAUGAACAACGACUUUUGGAACCAGCCGAGAGGCCCUCCGCAGAGUAUAGCUCAAAACCUAUCAAAUUCUAACCAAAAUAGUCCAGUUCCCGGUUCGAAUAAUUCGGUGCCGUCGCAUUCCCCAUCGCAACAAAGCAACAGCAGCCAAAAUCAUGUAAUCACCCAAGGCGCUUUGGCCCUACAACAAGCUCACGCGCAAGUACAACAAAACCAACCCGGUCAACAGCAACAACAACAACAACAGCAGCAACAACAACCCGGGAUGCAACAAGAUACGUUCAAAGAUACGUUCAAAGACACGUUCAAAGACACGUUCAAAGACACCUUCAAAGACACCUUUAAAGACACCUUCAAAGACUCGAUCCAGCAAAAAUUGCUGCAACAACAACAACAAAAUCAGCAACAACAACCGGGGCAAAACCAACACAACCAAAGUCCCGUUCCGCAAAACCCCAUGGUUCAACAGCAACAAAAUCAAGGACCCAACUCGAUUCAAAACCAACAAAUCGGGAGUCCCACUCAACAGCAGCAACAACAAAUUGUGCAACAACAACAAGCUCACGUUCACGCUUUGGCGCAAGUUGCUCAACACUCGCUGGUGCAGAUGUCUCAACAGCAAGGGUUACCCAGUGGGCAAAAUUCGCCGGAUAAAAUGACGGAGAAGUUCGUGAAUGAUUUGCAGCUGCCGGAUUUUAAUCAACUGCAGAGGAACACCUCUUCAUCAGCGAUUUCCGAACGAACCUUGGAAGAAUGCUGGACGACCCUACAACGAGUGAGUUGGAUACUUUUCGACCGUAUUUUCAUGCAGAAAUCGGCGAUGCAACUACACGCGCGAGAACUGACGGGACGCAGCGAAGUCAAACCGCACCAAUGUCAGCAAUGUCUGAAAUCGUUCAGCAGCAAUCAUCAGCUCGUCCAGCAUAUCAGGGUCCACACUGGCGAGAAGCCGUACAAAUGCUCCUAUUGCGAUCGGAGGUUUAAACAACUCAGUCAUGUGCAACAACACACCAGACUACACACGGGUGAAAGACCUUACAAAUGCCAUCUUCCGGAUUGCGGCCGAGCGUUCAUCCAACUGUCCAAUCUUCAGCAGCAUUUGAGGAAUCACGACGCCCAAGUGGAAAGGGCGAAAAACCGUCCGUUUCACUGCAACAUUUGCGGCAAAGGUUUCGCCACCGAGUCAAGUUUGCGCACGCAUACGUCCAAAGUAAGCCAUUGUCUUGGUCGUUUGCAGCAACACGCAGCCCUGAUCGGCGGUCCGAAUGCUACGUCGUGUCCCCUCUGCCACAAGAUGUUCCUCGGGGGCGAAGCCCUCAUGGAACAUAUGAAGCACACGCAUAAAGAUCCGAACGCCUCAGGUGUUGCCAUUGACGCAAUCGAUCCCUAUUUAGCGAAAAGGCGGACCGCGAACCAUCCGUGUCCCGUUUGUGGAAAACACUACGUGAACGAGGGUUCCUUAAGGAAGCACCUGGCCUGCCACCCGGAAACGUCCCAGCUAAGUAGUCCGCUAAGGAUGUGGCCCUGUUCGGUUUGCCAAGCCGUUUUCACCCACGAAUCAGGACUUUUAACACACAUGGAGCAUAUGAGGAUGGAUCCAAAGCACCAAUUUGCCGCCCAAUACGUCUUAUCGAGAGCGGCGGCGGAACGAAGGGAACGAGAAAACUUACUGGCUGCCGUUUCUUCAGGAGGGAGUCUCUUGGGUUUACCGGGAAUGGCUGCAAAUUCGAGUGCAAGUCCGAUGUGCCCAUCUCCCAGCGCCCAUAGCGACAGCUCCUCUGGUAACGGCAGGUUAUCAUCAGCUGGUUCGGAAACCGGCGGCUUAAACAAUAACAAUAAUAAUUGCAAUACGAAGUUGGGGGAUAUGUUAAGAAGUAAUAACGGUGAAAGGUUCCAAUACAACGUCGAGGAGCAGAUUCAGAACGCGAAUCGAAUGGCUGCAUUAGCGACGAUGGUGAAUCAAGGCGCGGUGCCCCCCGGCUUGGGGACGGACACUUCGACCGCGGCGAACAUUGCCAACAUUGCCAAUUUAGCGAUGCGAUUAGGGGUGACACAAGAUUUUUAUUCGCAGGCGAAUCAGGUGACUAAUUCGAGUAACCCCUCAACGCCACCGAUUACAAACGAGACGCUCUCCAUGUCCAUGAACGCGAUGCGCGCCAUGGACAGCAUCCGUAGCAUGGACGCGGCACGCAACUCGCUCAUGGACAUGUCUGGGACGCAACAGGGACAACAACAGGACGCGCUCAGGAUGCACCAGCAAGCGGAAGCUUUGCUUAGAUCGCAAGCGGAAGCUGCUCUUAGACUAGCAAUGACACAAGUGAGUUCAAUCUGGGAUGCAACUUUCAAUUGCGUUCUUGCACCUCGACCUUGUUAUGAUGAGUUCAGAAAUGUGUUUUAUCUUAGAAUGAAGCUGAGACUCUCUAUUUUUGAAUUAGGUAUAAAAAUGUUUAUGUUUGAUAUAGAAAAAUUUUAGGAAAUAAAUUUACAAGAUGAACCAGUUCAGGUAGAAUCACAUCUACCUUAUCAUGAUGAGUUCAGAAAUGAGUUAUAUCUUAAAAUGAAGCUGAAAGUCUCUAUUUAUGAAUGAGGUAUAAAAAUGUUUAGGUUUCAUAUAGAAAAAUUGUAAGAAAUAAAUUUAGAAGAUGUAGUAAAAAUUAAAAGAAUCACAUUUACCUUAUUAUGAUGAGUUCAGAAAUGAGUUAUAUCUUAAAAUGAAGCUGAGAGUCUCUAUUUUUGAAUUCGGUAUAAAAAUGUUUAGGUUUGAUAUAGAAAAAUGUUAGGAAAUAAAUUUAGAAGAUGAACCAGUUCAUUUAUGCAUUGUCAGAAAGAAGUAAAAAUUAAAACAAUCACCUCUGCCUUAUUAUGAUGA